GGACUGACAGCCACUGAUUUGUUUAUUUGUUUAGACUUUAUCCGUCUGCGCGAUUGGCAACAACACUUGAUUUCUCUGAGUUCCGAAUCUAGAUUUCAGACGCUACCCUGUGUCACGGCUGAAUUUUCGUGGUAUUUUAUGUAAGAAACCAUUAGCUUUCAUAUGAUGGUAUUUAUUGCUGCUUAGUCUUACUGAAGAUUAAAGUCAAAGCUUUCUGGUUUUAAAUUGACAAGAUGGCUUUAGGUCCAUAUUGUAAAGCACUUGGGAUUGAUGAAGAAGUCCUGAAUGGCCAAAAAAUUAAGGUAUGUGAAGCUAAAAGUAUUUCAAAUGGCAUAAUGUGGGAAUUAAAAAAGUAUAAAACUAACAAGAAAUUGACCACAAAAGAUCUUAUUGAAUGGCUGAUUAAAAUAUUCCAAGUAAAAUGUGAAAAUUCAGAAGAACUUCAAGAAAAAUUGGACAAAAAAUUUGAGACCCUUGUAGGUUUCCGAAGUACCAUCACUAGGGCUCCUCAUAAGUAUCGUGGCGAGUUGGAGCGAUUGAUGAAUUCUGCUUUUGAUUUUCCUGAAGAAAUGGGUAUGGAUCCUGUUCCACCUUUUGAGCCUACUGUGUGUGCAAAUCUUGGUCCUAAAUUGUUGAAAGUGUUAAAGGAAAAGGGGGGUGAUGAUGAUGAUUCUGUUGACAUGUCAGGUCAUUCUGAUGAUGAUGACGAACAAGCCAAAAAACGAAAAGCUAGGGAAGAAAUCAUUCAGUUGAAGAAGGAUUUGGGUACUGCACGAAAAGUCAUAAUUUCUCUUAAUGAUAAAUUGAAUGAUCUGAAUAAGCGUUGCCAAAUUCUAAAUGAUUUAAGUAAAACUAGUGUAUCAGAACGUAGGCGAAUCGAGCAUGAUAUUGCAAAGUUGAAAAAUGAGUGGAAUGCUAUAAUGGUAACUUGGCAUGAUUUAAUGGAGCGUUUGAAUCAUGUGAACAAUAACAAAGGAAAUUACUUGGAUGUCGGUUACAUGGUUCGUCGUAAUAAAACUAAGCAGGGCAUAUUUGACGAGUUGAGUUUCGAAUUUGAAAAGACUCUGGAGGAUUUCAAAUAUAAAUUAACCUACAUGAUUGAAAAAGAAAGAAGAAAGAAAAAGGUGGUAUCUCGAGAAUAUCGCCAAAAAAGCACAAAAGAUAGGAAGAGGGCAAGGCAGGAGAGUGAUGAUGGUGCCGAAGAUGCUAAGAAACCUUGCUUAUCUGAAGAAGCCUUAAAGCAACCAGCGCCACCUGCCGCCACUUCUAUUAGUGUGGAUGAAUUUUUGAAGUCUGAAAAGGUUGAUGAAUUUAAGGCUGGUAAAUUUGUUAAUGCAUUGAAAGCUAUUUACAUUGAGUUAACUUCAAUGCCAUUCCCAUGUAAUGAUGUCCAUGAAAUUAUUUAUUCGAUACUUGAUGAGCUUGAGCCUUUGAAUACUGAUAAAAUUCCAACGCAAUCAUUUGCUGGAAAUAUAUAUAUGGAAGCACAUAUGGCAGUUUCUUUGCAGGCAUUUUCAGAUCUUCUGAACAUGAAUAAAAUAUCUAUUUGCAAUGAUGGUGUAACCAAAUUUUCACUGCAAGAUGCUACUUAUGAUGUUACUUUAGCUAAUGAAACUAAUUUGAAAUUGGGAGUAAAAGAUAUAUCUAAAGGCAGUCCCGAUACUUCAUUGUGUCUUUUAAAAGAUUUGUUCUCAGAAAUCUUAAAUUGCAAAGUGGAUGGAAGUCAGGCUGCUGAAGCUUUUCUUAAAAAAGCUAAAACUUUGAUUCCAGAGUAUGAUUUCUUUGAUAAGAAAAUAAUAGAGAUCCUUUUCUUGUAUAAACAGCAGCUCUCUCCUCUCAUUCCAUCAGAUUUAGAUAGCUUAUCUGAUGUUUUUCAAAAUAAAGUGUAUCUUUUCAAUAAUUUUUGCACUGGUUUGUACUUCCUAUUAGGAUUAGCCAAAUUAACUGAUUUUACAGUUUUAGCUUGGGAAAGUAUGUCAUUUGGACCAAGUGCUGGCAACUGGGAAAAUGGGCUCAGAACAAGUAAAACUGUGCAACAGAUUUAUUCAUUCUGUAACAUUGUCAAUCCUGAAUCCACAGAAAAAAUCAGUAUCGAGUUCAGAGAAUUUCUUCAAAAAACAAAGAAGCUUGAUUCACAACCACUGGCUCCUUGUAAAGGAAAUCUUUUUAAUGUGAUUUUUCACAAUAGUGCAGGCAUAUGGUUUUAUCAUGAAACCAACAUUUUGACAGAGUUUUUUGAGGCAAUGAAGCAGAAAGAAGUUUCAGUUGAUGACCUUUCUAAUCUUCUGAAUGAGAAACAUAGUUAUCCAUUUGCAAAAGCUUUAGGUCUCUUGGGUAAAUUGGUAGCAGUUCCAUUGUGGACCGUUCUGGAAGAUGAUGAUGUAAAGAUUGGAUUAAGAUACAACUCAUUGUUGAAAAAAGUGGAAAGCUGGUCCAAAGAUGCUUCCAAGUUCAUGAGAGGACAAGAGCGCUUAUUUGAUGAUGUACCUGUAUCUCAUGAUGCUGUUUAUGUCAGUUUAAUUAAAGAUAAUGAGGCAAGUGAUGCAUUAACCAAGGAGCUGCUGGAACUAUUAUUCACUGCUUUCGUGCCAUAUAUAAAGUAUUUCUUAUCCGGCCCUGCAGCUUUGGAGAACAGUGGAGAAAAUUCAAUGGAAGUCGACUCUGAUGGUAAGAAAACAAUCCAUGAAGAUUUUGGAGCUUUUGACAGAAUUACAAUUAAUAUGCAUUCUGUUGCAACUUAUGCUCAGGAUGCUCUUGUCUUAUACAGUAAAACAAGAAAUGGAGAAUGGCAGGAUAAACUAUGCAAUAAGGAAAACCUGAAAGUAUUUGAAUUUGUUGAGAAGAAUUGCAAUGACCAUUUGAAGACUUUAUACCAAAGAAAGAUAGUAUUGGAUGGUAAAUUAAAUACAGGAGAAUUGGACCAGAAUAGUAAGUGGAAGCUUAUUGAAAAGAAGUACAAGCUUAUUGAUGAUGUAAUGAAAUGGGGUGGUCUUUGGAAAAAUGAAAAAGAAAUGGAAGCCCAAAUAAAAGAAAUGAAAGAAAGUGAUAUGCUAAAUGCUUUAAGAGCUCAGAUUCGCUUCAGAAGACAUGUACUGGGCGAAGAACAUGAAAAUAAUUUAUUAGAUUUGGCGUCUGAAGGAGAAUGCUUCACUGCUGCCAAAUUAUGUGAGCAUCUGAAGACUAUUUUGAAGAAAGAAUGCCAAUUAACUGAGAGGAAUCUUGAACUUGCCACAGCUACUGAUGAUAAAGAGAUAAAAGAACAAGUAACUAAGCUUUGUGACAAUGCACCAGAAUUGAAGCAAGUUACCGAACCUGGAAAAAGCUGUGUGCCAAAAGAAAACUUCCAUUGGCUUCUUGGAAAACUGGUUAAACAUACUUUUGCUGCUGAGCAAGAAAAGGAAACUUGCACUGGUGUGUGCUUUGCUAGAAAGAAUGAUGCAUGUGGAGAAUGUUCAUACUUUAUCCGUUACAAAGAAAAGGGUGUCUUCCGAGUUCCUGAUGCCAGAAUAGCAGAAGAUUUAAAGAAUCAGAGUCUUAAAGUUAUUGAUCCUUCGGUGAAUGAUUUAGUUGGAUCAAGGCUUAGCCGAGCAUUUAUAAAGGAUGAUGGAGACCUGGAAUGGCUUGAUUGCAAAGUUGUUGGCGUUACCAAUCGAGGUUCAGACUUUGUAGUGGAAUUUGACUUUUAUGGUGCUCAUAUGCCAAUUACUGAAUGGAAUGCUGUACCAGAGUUGGAAACUUUUACUUUUGCUACACGUCUUUUGGAGGAGUACCGAACUGGUCAUCUUCGGUUACUGUAAUUUUUCUUAACUUUCACAUCAGAGAGUUAAGUGCCUAACAACACCAUCUACAUGGAGGAAGUGGUACAUUGUGUGAAAAGUUUAUUUUGCUUUAGUUUUGAAAUGACUGUACAGUGUUUUGCUGUUUUAUGCAUCAUCGUAUACCUAUAUUUAGGUAUAUCAUAUGACAUCUUCAUAAACCAUUUUGAAUUUAUUGCAUAUAAUAUAUGCACAUUUUGUCAUUUAUAAUGCUUAUCAUUUUUUCAUAAACAAAUCAUGCAUACUUAUAUACUUUUGUUUUAUAUUCAUUGGAUUGAAUAAGUUAUCCCUGCCCAUGUCAUUUGGCUUAUUCUCAAUUUAUGUAUAAAAUCUGUAUCCUUAAACAGUUUACUUCAUAAUUACACAAUUUACAUCUGUAUACUUGUAUAUUAACAAAUCAUGUUAUUGGUGUAAAUGCUGAUAUUUAAAAUUUCUAAAUCCAUGCAAAAUCAUUUUUAGGUCAGUAUUUCUUUCUAAACAGUUUUUAUGUAUUCUGUCAACAUAACCUGCAUUUAUGUCUUAUUAAAUUGAAUGAAUAUGUUUGAAUUUUUAAAAUAAAUUUUUAGGUUAAUAUACUUUCAAAUUAAUUUGAAAUGCAUUUUAAGUUUGUAUUUAAUAAUCAUAAAAUUGAUUUGCUUAAUUAAAAUAUCAUGGGAAUAUUUAAUGUAUAAUAUUUUCUAAAUUGCAGAAUACUGUUUAGCUAUUUUGCUUAUCAAGUUUUAUAAUGGUCAUCUUUAAACUUAAAUUGAUAAUGCAAGUUGUAGACAGAUUAUCUCCUGAUUUGUUGGCAUUUUUUUUAAAAAUCUUUCACCAUAACGUAUGAACAAAUGUCUUAGAAAUGCAUGUAUUCAUUAGAGAGAAUUUCUUAUCUAAGUCUCACUAUUGUCUUAGCAAUAUCUUGCUUUACUUAUUUUGGUGAUAAAAACCAAGUUAUUUUUAUUGAUUAAAGCAUACUUUUAAACUUGUUUUUUGCAUUUAAACACAUGAACAUCUGCUUUAGAGCUCUGAAGCAGCCUAUCAUAGCCUAUUUUAUCUCCUGGCUGUUAAUUUGUCCAUGUUUUAAAUAGGCACACAAGUUUUUAACUUUUGUAUCAUCAAUGUUUUUAUGAAGCUGCAUUUUAUUAGUGUGAGAUAAGUAAUUCAGAUUUUAAAAGCUUAUUUCAUAUUGUCAAUUCUAUUGUAUUCACAGUGUUGUAUUCUGGUAUGAGGUAUUUGCAAUGUUAUGUCAUUUCAGAUGACAUUUAUAAUUGUCUCCAUUUCCAUAAACAAAGGUUUUAAAAAUAUAUCUGCUGUAUGUGUAUAGUAAAUGAUCAAUUUGCGUAUUAUACUUAUAUUUUAAAUCAGAUGGAAAGUUAUUAGAUGUUUAAGCAAGCUAAUUAAGGUGAACUACUUUAUUGUAUUUUUGGAGUGUUGAACCUUUUGUCAAAUUUUUCUUUUGAAGUAAUUCAGUUUUUGUUUUAUAUUUCUUUAUUUUGUGUCUGUGUAAAACUUUAUUUUCUUAUUUGUGGUAUGUUAUAAUUUUAAACAUGAUAAAAAUGAUUUGUUAACUGGGAAAUAUUUUGGGUAAUUUUUUCAUUAUUUUGUAAUGGGAAAUGUGCAGUGUUUAAAAAUUAAUAUAUAAUGCAAGCUGUUUUGGUAAAUGUGUUUGUGAGAAAUGUACAGGAGUAAAAUGCUUUUGGGAAAUUUGAUAGUUUUAGUUGUAUUUGUUACAUGGAAUCUUCUGUGAAAAUAUUUCUAUACUCAAAUAUAAAACCCUAUACUUAAACAUCAAUAUUUUAUGUAGUUGAUAAGUAUUGUCAUUUGUGUAGAUUUCAUUGUGAUUUUAAUGAAUGUUGGUACCACAGGUGAUGGUAAUCUAAGGCAUAUUCAUUAAAAUGGUAACAUUUGGAAGUUAAUGUCAUCGUGUUUUAGUAUUUGCAUUUGUGUCUUAUAAAUUAUGUGCUAGAUAUAAUCUCAUUUUUUUUAAAAGUUCAGUUUAUGUAUUCAUAUGAGGAAUUGGGCCAAAUGGUUAUAUUGUAGAAACUUCCCAUUCCUGUGUAGUUUUGAUGUAACAUUUUCAUCUGAUAAAUAAAUGUCAUUUUGCUCGUAAAA